CAGCCCUGGUACGUCACUGCAAACACGCCGAACACCGUUGUCCCCUGCUCGGUGAGACAGAACGCGCUGGAAUGUUCCACCCACGCCCCCGUAGCCUAUGUCCGCUCCCUGCGCGCAGAUUAGACGUCAGAGCGCCGCUGUGGUGAGAGGGUGGAAGCGGUCCGAGGAAUAAUAGAAUCAAAUCUUCUGUGCAGAAUUUCUUUUAGAUGCCCGAGUACUCCCAAGGAAUCAUAGGAUGACUUUUGAGUUUUUACCCACAACACAAAAGUGCAGCAGAGCAGAAAAAGCCUGGAUGUUUAAAAGGACCUUUUUCAAGCUGUGAAUCUAGACUCCACUGAUCAUGUUGUGCUGGGGAAAUGCAUCUUUUGGACAGUUGGGUUUAGGAGGGAUUGACGAGGAAAUUGUGAUAGAACCAAGAAAAUGUGACUUUUUUCAACAUAAAAAUGUUCGCGAUGUGGGCUGUGGAAGCAGACACAGCGUUUUUGUCUUGGAUGAUGGGACAGUUUAUACUUGUGGUUGUAAUGACCUAGGACAAUUGGGACAUGACAGAGGAAGAAAAAAGCCUGAACAGGUUGGAGCCCUGGAUGCCCAGAUCAUUGUUGCCGUUUCAUGUGGAGAAGCUCACACAUUGGCACUUAAUGACAAAGGCCAAGUGUUUUCUUGGGGUCUGGCUACAGACGGACAAAUUGGAAUUCCUGUAGUAGAAGACUAUGUCCGAGUUCCAAGAAAUAUUAAGAGCCUUUCCGAGGUACAGAUUGUACAAGUGGCCUGUGGACAUCAUCAUUCAUUGGCGCUCUCUAAACAAAGUGAAAUUUAUUCUUGGGGGCAAAACCGUUAUGGACAGCUUGGCCUGGGCUAUGAACAGAAGAAUGAAACGGCACCAAGACUAAUUAAAUCCUUAUUAGGAAUCCCAUUUUUACAGAUUGCCACUGGAGGCGCUCACAGUUUUGCACUUACACUAUCAGGGGCAAUAUUCGGUUGGGGACGAAAUAAAUUUGGGCAACUUGGGCUUAAUGACGAAUCUGAUAGGUAUGUUCCAGCACUUCUCAAGUCCCUUCGCUCUCAGAAAAUUGUUCAUAUAUGUGGUGGGGAAGAUCAUACUGCUGCUUUAACAAAGGAGGGUGGAGUGUUUACAUUUGGAGCUGGAGGUUAUGGACAGCUUGGACACAACUCUACCAACCAUGAAAUCAACCCCAGAAAAGUCUUUGAGCUCAUGGGCAGUGUUGUCACACAGAUUGCAUGUGGGAGGCAACAUACAUUGGCGUUUGUUCCUUCAUCAGGAAGGAUCUAUUCAUUUGGUCUUGGUGGUAAUGGGCAACUGGGAACUGGGUCAACAUGCAAUAGAAAAAGCCCAUUUACCGUAAAAGGAAACUGGGUAUCUUACAGUGACUACACCCAACGUGCAAACAAUGCUGAUGGGUAUUACUGUGUGAAGGAAAUUUUCUCUGGUGGGGACCAAAGUUUUGCACAUUACUUCCACACACAGAAUUGUUUGCCUCCAGAUGACUUCAGAAAAUGUACUUGCUCUAGACAAAUAUGGACAAUAAAUGAAGAGAUGAUUAAAAGAUGGCUACAGUUCUCAUCUACCAGACUUCCGUUAGACAUAAUUAAUGAAAUAGACAAGGUCUUUUCAACAGCUGCCUGUCUGAAUGGAAGCUUUCUUGCAACCAGUAAUGUCGAUCACCAUAGAACCAGCAGCAAAUUCUCAGGGAUAGAUAUGAAUGUUGCAAGACUACUUUUCCACAAAUUAAUAAACCCAGCACACCCACAGAUUGCCCAGCAGGUGGCUGCCAGUUUGGAAAAAAAACUCAUACCAAAGCUAACAAGUUCACCCCCUGAUAUUGAGUGCUUGCGACUCUAUCUCACUCUCCCAGAGUGCCCACUAAUGACUGACGCAAACAACUUUUCAUCAUUGGCAAUUCCAUUUGGGACUGCAAUUGUUAAAUUAGACAAAGCACCCUUAAAGGUCCUUGAAAAUUGGUGGUCGACACUUGAAAACCCAUUGUUCAUGAGAAUAGUCCAGCUUUUCAAAGAUGUUGUUUUACAUCUACUGAAACUCACAAAAAUUGGAAUUCCUAUCACAGAAAGGAGGAUAUUCAACGCCUUUAUUAAUGUGGCUCUGAAGGUCCUGGAGAUACUGCACAGGGUUAACGAGAAGGCAGGGCAGAUUAUUCCUUAUGACAAGUUCUACAUUCAUGAAAUCCAAGACUUCAUAGAUAUUCGAAAUGACUACAUCAAUUGGAUUCAGCAUCAGGCAUUCAGAAUGGAUGUAAAUCACGGAUUAGCAGAGGGGUCGGACGUUCCAGUGACAAUUUGCACAUAUCCCUUCGUUUUUGACGCACAAGCUAAGACAACUCUUUUGCAGACAGAUGCUGUUAUACAGAUGCAGAUGGCAGUGGACCAAGCCCACAGGCAGAACUUUUCCUCCCUGUUUCUCCCAGUGAUGGAGUCAGUGGAUCCUUGCCUUAUUUUGAUUGUACGCAGAGACAAUAUUGUAGGUGAUGCAAUGGAGGUUCUGAGAAAAACCAAAAACAUUGAUUAUAAGAAGCCACUGAAGGUCAUAUUUGUGGGAGAAGAGGCUGUUGAUGCAGGCGGGGUUCGGAAAGAGUUUUUCUUGCUCAUAAUGAGAGAACUGCUGGAUCCAAAAUAUGGCAUGUUUCGGUUUUACGAGGAAUCCAGACUCAUCUGGUUCUCUGAUCAGACUUUUGAAGACAGCGACUUAUUCCAUCUAAUUGGUGUCAUUUGUGGUUUAGCUAUUUAUAAUUUUACAAUAGUUGACCUCCACUUUCCGUUGGCUUUAUACAAAAAGCUUCUGAAAAAGAAACCGAGCUUGGAUGAUUUAAAAGAACUGAUGCCUGAUGUUGGAAGGAGCAUGCAGCAGUUGUUGGAUUAUUCAGAAGAUGACAUUGAAGAUACAUUGUGUCUGAACUUUACAAUUACAGUUGAAAACUAUGGAUCAACAGAAGUUAAAGAACUAAUUCCGAAUGGUGCAGAAACCCCAGUGAACAAUAAAAAUAAACAAGAGUUUGUAGAUGCCUACGUGGACUACAUCUUCAAUCACUCAGUGGCCUCCUUAUUUAAUGCCUUUUCUCUAGGCUUCCAUAAAGUGUGCGGAGGUAAAGUUCUUGAGCUCUUCCAACCGAAUGAGUUGCAGGCAAUGGUGAUUGGCAACACAAACUAUGACUGGAAAGAUCUAGAAAAAAAUACAGAGUACAAAGGAGAAUACUGGGCAGAUCAUCCUACAAUUAAGAUUUUCUGGAAUGUAUUUCAUGAAUUGCCUCUCGAAAAGAAAAAGCAGUUCUUGUUAUUCCUAACUGGCAGCGAUCGAAUCCCUAUUCUUGGAAUGAAAAGUUUAAAACUUGUCAUCCAGCCAACAGGAGGAGGAGAUGAUUUUCUGCCUGUUGCUCACACAUGCUUUAAUCUGCUGGAUCUUCCCAAAUACACAGAUAAAGAAACUCUUAAAUCUAAAUUAAUUCAAGCCAUAGAUCAUUACGAAGGUUUCAGUCUCGUAUAAAAUUAAAUGACUCUGGAAUCUCUAUGUAACUAGUUGUGUGUCUCUUGAUUUAUUAUUUGUAACAACUGGGGAAGUCUAACACAAGAUUUUUUUUUUUUCAGGUUUAUAAAUCAGGUUUAUAAAGCCAUCUUUGUGAUUAAAAAUAAAUUGUACAGGCUGUGCUUUUCAGGCACGGCACACAUUUAUUGUACAUAACUCUGUCUUGUUUCCAUCUUUAAAUAAAUUAGUUGUACUCUGCUUACACAUAUUUAAAUACUCUCAUUAAUGGGUUCUAUCACUCUGUAUUCUUUUCUCCACCCACACCUUGUCAUCUUUCUCCUGCAGUGCUACAAUAAAGUGUUUUUACAUUA